CCGACUUCAACCUCCAACCUCAAGGAAAAUCAAAUCCUCCUCCGAUCUCCUCCCCGGAUAUCUCUCUUUCCUCCCCCCCUCCACUCCCCACCCACCACUUCCUUAGCGGUUCCCUUCCCUUUCUUCGCAAUUGACCGUGCAAUUGCCUCCUUUCGCCAUGUCUCUCGCCUCCGCUUCCAACUCCGUCCUGCGCGCCUGCGCUCGGCAACAACUCACCACUUCUCGCGCCGCCAUCGCCUCCUGCCAGCAGCGGAGGGGAGUCUCCAAUGCCAGAUCCAGCUUCGCCAGCCCCUUCACCCCCGCCGCCGACUAUGACCAGACCGUGAAGAUCCCCGACUUCAGCAAAUACUCCUCCAAGAAGGGCCCCCGCUCCAACCAGGUCUUCUCCUACUUCAUGGCUGGUUCCCUCGGUCUGGCCUCUGCCGUCGGUGCUAAGGCUACCGUUCAGGACUUCCUGGUCAACAUGUCCGCCUCUGCCGACGUCCUCGCUCAGGCUAAGGUUGAGAUCGGUCUCGCUGCUAUCCCUGAGGGCAAGAACGUUAUUAUCAAGUGGCGUGGAAAGCCCGUCUUCAUCCGUCACCGUACCCAGGAUGAGAUCGAGGAGGCCCAGAAGACUGAGUGGCAGUCUCUCCGUGACCCCCAGGCUGAUGAGGACCGUGUCCAGAAGGCUGAGUGGCUUGUCAUGCUUGGUGUCUGCACCCACUUGGGUUGUGUCCCCAUCGGUGAAUCCGGUGAUUUUGGCGGCUGGUUCUGCCCCUGCCACGGUUCCCACUACGACAUUUCCGGCCGUAUAAGAAAGGGCCCCGCUCCCCUCAACCUCGAGGUUCCCCAGUACAACUUCCCCUCCGAGGACACCCUCGUCAUCGGUUAAACGGUACCCCGACCCAAAAUCGAAACUUCAUGUUGCAAUUGAGGGGGGAAGUGCGCUUUUCGCCGGCAUAGAAAGAGCAGGCUAGCCAAGCAACCCUUCUUUUAUAGCGCCAGGGAAGGGAUGACGGAGAAGGUUUGUGUGUAUGUACGCGUGUUGUUGUUGUGUCUGUAUGUGCCUGUGCUUUAGAUGAAAUCCUCUUUUUUCUUAUCUUUUUUUUUUGUUCUCUCCAUCUUUUGUCAAGAUAUAAAGAGACCUUGUUUUAAUAUGGGAUCCCGAUAAAAACUGAGCCUCUUGUUUCUUUUGUCAUCCUAUUCGUCUCCAUGACAUUCACCUUUACAAUUCGCCGCUCACUUGCCUUGGACCUC